AAACAAUUUUAGAAAGGAAAAAAAAAGCGCUCAGUGAUUCUCUCAUUCUCUUUCUUUCUACUCAGACAGACACGCUUUCCGUCUCUCUCACUCUCUCUCUUUCUGAUUUUGGACCCCGUGGCUGUGUUAGUGUUAGGGCUUCCGAGUUCACUCAGCGAUUCACCUACCAAGAUGUCAUACACAAGGGAAGGAAGGUCUGUAUCGCCACGUGACUCUGUUUCGCCUCCUGGGAGACGCCGUCGGUCAAGGUCACGAUCAUUGUCAAGGUCUAGGAGAAGUCGGUCCAGGAGUCAAGAUUCUGUAGAUGCAUCCAAUCCCGGAAAUAACUUAUAUGUAACGGGAUUGUCCACAAGGGUUACUAGCAGUGAUCUUGAGAAGUAUUUUAACAAAGAAGGAAAGGUUUUGGAGUGCCAUCUGGUUACAGAUCCUCGUACCAGAGAAUCCCGUGGCUUUGGCUUUGUCACUAUGGAAACUAUGGAAGAUGCAGAGCGCUGUAUCAAGUAUUUGAAUCGUUCAGUGCUUGAAGGUCGUUUGAUCACAGUGGAAAAGGCAAAACGGAAGCGUGGCAGGACACCAACUCCAGGAAGGUAUCAUGGAUUGAGAGAUAAUAGGCGAGGUGCAGGACAGGGUCGUAGGCGUUCUCGAAGCUACUCACCUCGCCGAUGGCAAGACAGGGAUCCUUAUUCAAGGGAUCGGCGAGGAAGAUCACGCUCUCCAUAUGGUAGGAGGACAGAUGAUUAUGAUUCACAUAGGAGGCGUAGAGAGCGCUCCUUGUCAGCUGGUGGUAGUGGCUACGCCAGGUAGAGCAAAUCAAACCACUCCCCUGCAUUUGCUCAGUUAUUAACCCGGUGUUCGCUUUUCUUGUUAAGUGUGGGACUGUGAACUGUCUUUUCAAUUAAACUUCCUGGAUGCUUUGUAUCAUGUUGUACCUUACAAGUGGUUCUAUCAUACUUUCUAUCA